GUGCCAUUUCUGGUGUUGAACCUUAUGUUUUGUUUUUGUGCAUGCUGCAAAUGCUUCUCUCGUGAUUAUUUGCAUUGGGGAGCCCUUUUGACAUGGCUUCUCUUAAACAUGGAAGCAAGCCUUGGGGUUGAUGCAGUGAACAAGACAGCUGUACUGAUGACAGGCAGCUUGGACCUAGGCGGACCUUGGAGAGUGAUUUUUGUCGUGUUCGUCACUUACUCCAUGCUGCCGCUUUCUCUGCGAUGGUGCUUAUUGUGUGGCUCGCUUUCUGCGAUUUCUCACAUUGUUGUCCUCGUCAGCUUAGCUCCAAGAGAUAAGGACUUCCUAAAAAAGGUGCUUACAAAUGCGCUAUUGUAUAUCUGCAUCAACCUAGUAAGUAUGUACACAAAAUAUCUGACAGAUAGAGCCCAGAGAAACGCAUUUUUAGAAACACGGAGAGCAAUAGAAACACGCCAUAAGACAUCCAAAGAAAAUGAGAAGCAGGAAAGACUGCUGCUGAGCGUUCUUCCACGUUUUGUUGUUCUAGAGAUGAUUCGCGAUAUGGCUUCUGAUGAGGAUGAUGAAUUUCAUAAUAAUCGGAAACUUCUGUCGGCGCAGCAAUUUCAUCGCAUCUACAUUCAUUGCUACGAUCAUGUCAGCAUACUUUUCGCCGAUAUUCAAGGUUUUACUGCAUUAGCUUCAACAUGUUCAGCCCAAGAGCUUGUUCAAGUUUUGAAUGAUCUUUUUGCCAGAUUCGACAGACUAGCACAGGAGCAGCAUUGUUUACGGAUCAAACUGCUGGGUGAUUGCUAUUACUGCGUCAGUGGUCUACCGGAACCAAGACCUGAUCAUGCUCACUGUUGUGUUGAGAUGGGAUUGCAUAUGAUACAUGUCAUUAAAUUGGUACGUGAAAAGACUAAAGUGGACUUGAACAUGAGGAUAGGGGUGCAUUCUGGGAGCGUUCUUUGUGGUGUUCUUGGCCUUUACAAGUGGCAGUUCGAUGUUUGGUCGAAUGAUGUGACGUUAGCCAAUCACAUGGAAUCUGGAGGAAUUGCUGGCAAAGUGCACAUUUCUCGAGCCACCCUCGAUUACCUGGGCGAUGCCUACGAAGUGGAUCCGGGGCACGGAGAGACGCGAGACACUUACCUGCGAACUCAUGGGGUUGAGACUUUUCUGAUCAAACGAAACCAACCGUCUGUAUCACCAUCAAGGUUCUGCCAAUCCUUUCGUGGAUUAAAGAAAGCUAUGUGCCGCCAAGACAGCCGGAGUGAUGAUGAUGUAGAUUGGAAUCCUGAAAUUCCGUUCGAAAAUCUAGAAUACAUUCGCGACUCCAUGGAUGAAGAGACGGCCCCUCUACCAGCAAAGGACGAAGCAAAAGCCCGCAAAUUAUCCGUGCAUCGUCCACUGUCGCCAACAGUGAGCGAAGAAGUGGAAGAUCUAAUCGAACAGUCCAUAGAAAUUGAAUCGAACAAAAAGAUGCGCAAGGAUCAUCUCUCCUGGUUCAGUCUGACUUUUAAAACCCCAGAUGCUGAGACAAAAUUCCAUCAGAUUCGAGAUACAGUUUUCAGAUCAAAUACAUCAUGCGCUUUCCUAGUAUGGAUUUUUGUAGCUCUUACCCAAAUUAUCAUGACUCCCAAAUCCUUGGUGACAGUUUCUGUCUUUCCGACCGUGACGCUUUUCUUAGCAGCGACAUUUGCAGCCGUUUGCGCCUCAACUGCGCUUGCGCCAUCAGCAGGAUGGGCCCGAGUCCUUGGUUCUGCCCUCGACAACAGAAGACCCCUUCGUAAUGCCAUCUUUUGUGCCAUCGUAGCUGCUGUUGUCUUGGGUGCAACGUUUUCAUGCGAAAAAGUUCUUAAACCCAGUGGUAAUGAAACUACUCAAGAAUCCAAUAAUCCACAGCAAUGUAAUCAUCCUCAGUACUUCAUCUUGAGUUGGAUUUUAACUAUGGUGGCAUGUGUCUCCUUUCUAAAAGUGCACUACUUACUGAAACUUGGUCUUCUUUUGUUAAUGCUGGCCACUUAUCUUCUUCUCAUGCUUCUUGCAUUCCCGGAUCUCUUUGAAGCUAUUUGCACAAGAAAGUUGCAAGAAACUUGCAUAUCCUUGAAAAUUCGGGCUUUGACAUUGAUUAUUAUAUUUUUCUACAUGGUCAGCUAUCAUUGCAGAUUGAUUGAAAUCACGUCCAGACUAGAUUUUUUGUGGAAACUACAGGCUCAGAAAGAACUCCAGGAGAUGCGAGAGCUGAGACAGCACAACCAACAAUUGCUGAAAAAUAUCCUUCCAGAUCACGUGGCAUCUUACUUCCUGUUGCAAGACAGAAACUAUGAGGAAUUAUACGCUCAGUCUUAUAGUUGCUGUGGUGUUCUUUUUGCUUCCAUUCCCAAUUUUGCGUCUUUUUAUUCUGAAGAUAUAAAUAAUGGCGUUGAAUGCAUUCGGCUACUCAAUGAAAUUAUAUUUGACUUUGAUCAAUUGCUUGAUGAAGAACGAUUCAGGCCUUUGGAGAAAAUCAAAACCAUAAGCAGCACUUACAUGGCAGCAUCUGGACUCAAUCCGAGCAGAAAAGGACCUGAAGAAUGGGGUCAUUUAACUGCGCUGGUCGAUUUUGCUUUCGCAAUGAAGGAAUCCUUGGAUGAAAUUAACAAACAUUCAUUCAACAAUUUCAAACUCAGAAUCGGCAUCAGUCAUGGACCACUUGUUGGAGGUGUCAUCGGAGCUAAGAAGCCUGUUUAUGACAUAUGGGGCAAUACUGUGAACGAAGCCAGCCGAAUGGAUUCUACGGGAACUUUCGAUAAAAUCCAGGUACCAAAAGCCACUGCUCAAAUUCUAGAAGCCCACGGUUAUUUGGUUCGGCUUCGUGGCUGCGUGAAUGUGAAAGGCAAGGGAGAGAUGGAAACAUACUACGUCCUGGGCCGUCGCCCGACCGUGGGUCGCCAGAUGUCGGUGGGUCGCCAUCCUAGUGUCCACAAAAGCCUCGCUGCUGUAGUUUACGGAUUGGUACGAGCCCGAAAGAAAGGCCUGGGAUCGAGCUUGAGCGUCCCCAGUCCGCAGAAGCGUCUUCUGCCGCCCCUCAAUCCACCCAAACACAAGCUGCACCGGAUACUAUCCGAGACGCCGCAUCCGGGAAGACGCAAAAGCCGGAUGCGGGAAAGGCGAAUGACUGAUGCCGGAGGUAGUAGCCACUCGUACCCGGACAUGAGAAACGUUGUCGAUCUCGACCUCAAAGGUGUUUCCUGACACGAGAGGGGAAGGAGCUCAAAGAUUUGAGCGAAAAUGGUAAAAGUAUUUCAUGAAAUGACAAGAGCAGCUCCCUGGUGUUUCGCAAUUGCUUGAACAUCAAGUUCUUCCAUCAAAAUGGAACUGGGAAGACUUGAGAAAGGGGAUAAAUCAGUUUCUCUUUAAUGGCAUUCCUUCAACGCCAUCUAUAAAGGAGAAAAAAUAUACUAUGGUACAAUGCCACAGAAAACCAGAAGUGGAACUGUUGUUGCCGUAAGGUUAGUUAUUUAUGCCCAAAAUCAUAUAAAAUUACAGAUGAUGAAUUUGACCGAGAAAAAGAUUUUGUAAGGCACUAUGUGUGAUCAUGAUGCAGAAUAUGGUAAGGUGUCACGCUUGACGUACCAGAAAGACAUGCGAUACUACACUAUGAUAUGCAAUCAUACGACAACAUCACCCAAAAGCAUAAGGAUCGAGCGCACAAGUAAAGUAACUGACCUGCCUAUACAUUUCCCUCUUUACAGAGUUCAGAGCACAGAAAUUGAUGACGCGAAAAACCUCGAAAGUUCGAGUCGAGAUUUAUGGUUGUAUUUUUAAUGAGAAUGAUUCGACAAUGAACAAUUUUGACUGCAAAGAAACUCUGAGGCAAGUAUACUUUUUUACAAGAAACCUUUGGAUACAUUUCAUAGUUUUUUCGGAAGAAAAGCGCAACAUUUACAAGACCGCAACAUGGAAAUUAAUAUCUCAAUUUAUUUCUGCUUUGCAUUUUGCUGGUCUGUAUAUGAAAGUCUAGGCAUACAGAAUAUUUAUUCAAUAAGUCAUUUGAGCAAGAAAUGAUUUCAUAUCAAAGGCAACAAAAUUAUUUAUUUUUUCUAUCAAAUAACAGGAAGGUUUCUCUGACCAGUUAAAAGAAAAUCAAAAAAAUCAAUUAAAUAAAAAUAUUGCCAAGAUUAUCACACUGCACAUGAAUUCAUUUCUUAAAAAUAGAAAUUCUACCGAACUAUUUUUUACG